AUGGAGCUUAUUACUGGUCGAAAAGCGCUAGACGAGACACAGCCAGAUGAGAGGUCUCAUUUGGUCACAUGGUUCCGCAGAGUUGCUGAGCUGGCGGGCCACUGCACAGCCCGGGAGCCUUUCCAGAGACCCGACAUGGGACAUGCGGUUAAUGUGUUGGGACCUCUGGUUGAGCAGUGGAAACCUUCUAAACCUGAAGAAGAGGAUGCUUAUGGCAUCGACCUUCCCAUGAGCCUGCCUCAAGCCCUUCAAAGGUGGCAAGCAGAUGAAGGAACUUCUAGAAUGUUUGAUGAUCUCUCUUACAGCAACACUCAGUCGAGCAUCCCCUCUAAACCAUCUGGAUUUGCGGACACGUUUAGCUCGAUGGACUGUAGAUGA